AUGUCAACAGCGCACAGGCCGACAUGGGAUCCAGCCCAAGCCAGAGACAUAAAAAGUGGUUCACGCCAAUAUUCGACCAGGGACAUGGCGUCUCAGACGAAACUCAAAUUUCGUCAACCUGGUCAAACAUCUACCGAUGAAGUGAGAAGACGCGACCUUCGCGCAGAAUUACUCGCCGCAGAAGCAGAAGCUCGGGAGAAAAAAAGAAAGGCCGAAGGGAAACCUGCUUUGGGAUCUGAGCCCCAGCUGAAGGCUGUCACAUCCGGUAACGAAGACAAUGAAGCAAAUAAGCGACGCAAAUUGCUCCAGGAUGUCAUUGCGUUGGACCGAGACGACGACGACGACGUGAAGGUCAGUGAAACUUCAGGGUUGACGAAUAAAGGGAAGGAAAAGGUUGUAAAUGCAGACGUAGAUGGCGAUGAUCAAGGGGCCGCCGUCGAGGAUGAGGAUGACGAGGAUGAUGAGGACGAUGAGGACGAUGAUGAGGAUGACAGUGCAGAAUUAUUAAGGGAACUCGAGAAGAUCAAAAGGGAGCGGGCAGAAGAGAAGGCUCGACAAGAGCAAGAACAGGCUAGGUUAUCAGAAGCGGACCGGGAAGCUCAAAUAGCGACUGCGAACCCACUGCUGAACUUGGCCACUGCUCUUGGUCACAAACAGCAAGGUACACCCUCAGUUGGAGGGAGCUUUGCUGUCAAGAGACGGUGGGAUGACGAUUUGGUUUUCAAAAACCAGGCCGUGAAGGAGGAGCCACGCCCAACUCACUUUGUCAAUGAUUUACUUCGAACCGAGUUUCAUAAGAAAUUUAUGGCUAAGUUUAUCAAAUAAUAUCGCCGACUGUAUCAACUCCACACAGUAUACCUAAUACCUAUUACCUGAUAGAUCAUCUCGAAAGAGUCGCUCGUAGGGCGUGUGCAUUGUGUAUGCUCCGUCUCCAACAAUCUAAUUGUGGUUGGAGAUGGGGUUCAAGGGUACCUCCAUCUUCAUCACUGCAUUUAUGGGUACACCCGCCUUGAGUACCAAGACACAUGCAUAUGAUUUCAUGAGCGCCAAGAGUUGUGUACGAGCCCGGGAUUCUGCUUGAAAGUACAUGUACAUGGCUAUGUCAGUAAUCAGACAAUGAGCUUAG